AUGCACUCAACCACUCCAGCCGUAUUUGCGACGUUUGUGGCUUUGUCAGUGGCCAGUCCAAUUCUAAGUGAGAGGGCUGUCACCCAACUUGACCAAGCUGCGUUUGAAGAGGCACAGGAACGCGACAACGCGGCAACCAGGGCUUUUUCCAACACUCAAAUCAAAACAUCUGAUGGGAGAUGCCUAUUUGUAGAUGAGCUUUCAGGAGACUUCCGUGCAAACUUGACGCCUAUCCAGGUCGCGGGCUGUGGAACGACUGACGGCCAGGGAUGGGACGUCCUGACUAGCGGGAAGCACAACAAUGUAGCAGGCUCGAUGUUGGUCGUCAACACUCUGACUCAAGCAUGCUUCAACUUUGAUCCACGACGAGCCGCUGGAAAUCAGGUUCUCCUGUUCUCUUGCGGAGGACGAGCUGACGGUGGUGGCGAAGUAACCGACUCGCAACUGUUCACUUUCAACGGAGGCUCCGGGCCCCUGUCGUUUUCUCCUAAGAACCAAGCCGAUUUAUGUUUCACCGUGAAGGGUGACCUGCUUGAUACUUCUACUUGUACCGACGGUGACACAACUCAAACCUUCACAUUCGGCGAUGAUUCGUUACCAAGCACCGGAGGCGCAGCACCAACAACUGCGACUGCGACCAGAAGCGCUACCAUAUCCGUUACACAGACGACAGGCAUCACCUCGGCAACUGUGUCUCCAUCUGUGACUAGCGUCGCGGACGGUGCAAUCGCCAAUCCUACCGAUGCCGUUCCUGUGUCCCGGGCUGGUGGUACAUUGGUGCCAUCUGCAGUCGCCGAGUCCCAUCAGCGAGACGACGCGGCUACCAGAGCCUUCACAUCGGUGUCCAUUCGGGCACCGAAUGGACAAUGUUUGUUCGUUGAUCCCACUGGAGGGGACUUUAGAGAGAAUUUAAUACCGGUUUCCCUGGUCGACUGUGCUGGGACGCCCAAUGAAAAGUUUGAUAUCAUUACUGCCGGCAAACACAACAACAUUCAAAAUACUGCUUUGGUAGUCAGCAGCUUGACAAAUGGCUGCAUCAGCCAUGACGGACGGCGUGGAGAUGGAGACACUGUAACGAUCUUUUCGUGUGGUGGUCGUGCCGCUGGAGAGGGAGAAACGAAUACCGGGCAAGUGUUUCCCUACACUGGCGGCAGUAGCUUGGUUCUCGCACCAUUGGACGCGGCAAAUGCCACGUGUCUUGAGCCUGGAAAUGGUCGCUUCCUGGACUCAGGUUCGUGUACGAACGAUGGAACUCAAACGUUCGUCAUCCAGGAAUAA